AUGGCCAUCAUACAUACAUCCUCGGCCAACUCCCCAAGAACGAUCGAUACACGGCACACCGUGGCACCUGCGCGAGGAAUGAAGAUGCGGAAACUGACCUUUAUGAUAUUACUGAGCCCUGGUAGUAGUACUCAGCCUGUCUUCUGUCCUCUCUCUCUUGGCGAAGUGCUCAAUGACGGAUUAUAUGGUCGAGCUGACAUAGUCGACAACCUUUCAACUGUUCAGGAAAGACAGCUCUCAGCAGUACGUGCCCAUGUGUGUCCUCACAUUCCUAGAAUGACGCCCAUGGGUACUCACAUGUCCGUUGAAAAGCAGUCAUUACAGGCACUGGAAAGCUUACACGCAGCCCGAAUCAUCCGCCGCGACUGGUCCACCCUUCUUCUCUUCUUCUUCUCAUACCAUCAGUUGAGCUUUGUAAAAGAAGUAGUUGUCGGGCCUGAUAACAUUCCAGACAUGUUACCCACUGACAAGUCAGUUCAUAACAGCCUUGACAAAGAUAAACCACAGAGCAAGACAACUUCUUUAAACCCAGGGGGGUAUUUCAGCUACCCAGGCUCAGCCAACGAUUAA